CAGCCCUUGACUUGAGUCUUCCCUUUUCAGUGUUGACUCUUCAUCCUUCGCUAUUCUUUUGCCCCCAGCUUUUCCAUAUUCAUUUCUACACCUUUUCAUUUGCCACUUCACCAAUUCUUCUUCCCUGUUAUUCUGCAUCGUAGCUUAGCAAACAUUAUCGAUAUAGUACUCCUUCCCAUCUUAUUCUCCAAACAAUAGCUAUGGCAUCAAUGUCCUCCCGUGGCUCGAGUUCCUGGACUGCAAAGGAGAACAAAGCCUUUGAAAAGGCUCUGGCUGUGUAUGACAAAGACACCCCUGACCGUUGGUACAAUAUUGCCAGGGCUGUUGGUGGGAAGACAGCUGAGGAAGUGAAGAGGCAUUACGAGAUCCUUGUGGAGGACGUCAAGCAUAUCGAGCAGGGACAAGUGCCUUUUCCGAAGUACAGGACCACUGGAGGGAGUGGCCAAGGAAACUAGAAGAAAGGAGGACAAAUCUUGAGCUGCAAUGGAUUACAACCUCAAUUGUACCGUAUACAAUAAAGCAGCACUUAUCUUCUGCAUACGAAUAGUAAUUCAAGAUUCACAUCAGAUGAUUCUGAUCUAUUAUCCUAUUCUAGUCGACAACUAUUUAGCUUCUGAAAUGGUGUGUUUGCGUUCCAUGAAGUAAAAAUAAAGAUAUCGAAUGAUCAACUGUUGAUCUUUUUAUUAUGUUCCAUGUAAUGUCAGUUCUAUAUCAUUAUCAGUUCUCUACGGAAUGAUAUAUUCAUGUGUGCGUUUGAACUU